AUGGCACGACCGUAUGUCUUGGCAACACGCCUCCUCUGGCGCCCUUCGACCAUUCCAAAGGUCACGAGAGCAUUCGUACGCCAUACUCACAACACUCGCAGCACCCUCCCUGAGUUCAGUCUUCAGGGCAAGAACUGUAUUGGCAUCGCAUCCCAAGGCCUCGGUCACCAAAUCCUCGCCGCCUUCGCCCGCUCCGGUGCCCACGGCGCAGUCAUAGACCUCAACCUCUCCAGCGCCCGCGAGUCCAUCAAAACCAUCAACUCCGAAAUCCAGUCCCACGGCCUCCCACCCGCCAAACUCCACGCCUACGAAUGCGAUGCCUCCGACGAAUCCGGCGUUAGGAAGACCUUCACUCAAAUUCUCGACGACUUCGACAACAAGAUCGACGUCCUCGUGACCAACGCCGGCAUCACAGGAGGCGCGCCUGCGGAAGAUUACCCGCUUGAUGACUGGAAGCAGAUGCUCGAUGUGAAUAUCAAUGGCACGUUUGUUUUUGCUCGUGAGGUUGGGAAGUUUUGGAUUGAGACGAAGCAGCCGGGCGUGAUCUUGAUGGUGAGCUCCAUGAGCGGCACGAUCGUCAAUCGACCCCAGAAGCAAGCUGCCUACAACACCUCCAAAGCCGCUACCGCCCACAUGAUGAAAUCCCUAGCCGCCGAGUGGGGCCCUCACGGGAUUCGGGUUAACGCCUUGUCACCGGGGUACAUCCAGACUGCUGUUAAUGAGGGGAAGGAGAUGGAGGAGCUGUCGAAGGAGUGGGUUAAGCAUAUUUCCCUGGGACGGAUUGCGAAGCCGGAGGAGUUCAGGGGUGCGGCGGUGUGUAUGUGUAGUGAUGCGAGCUCGUAUUUGACGGGGAGUGAGAUUGUUGUGGACGGGGGGUAUGUGGUUCUUUGA